AUGGCAAUGCAGUUAUUUACCUUUGGACACCCCUGCGAGCAUCAGCUACGCCGUCAGUGCAUCGGAGGAAAAAGUUGUCCGCUGUGUGGCUACCCGAAUGAAUGGUGCUGCAGCUACAUAAAGGGGAAAAUCAACUUCAAACGAGAUAAGCCAUGUGAGGGUUCGCGCUGCCGCUGGAACUACCAGCACCCUCCCCAGUCGCUGUUCGACGCCGUGACGCAAGUUCUCAAUGAGAGCCGCCCCAUCGCCUUGAAGAUUGACGAAGGUGAUGAUAAGGAGAUCCUUGCACUUAGCAUAGACAACCACCACAUCGUGGACACAGUGCAGUGCGCACUGCAGAUGCUGCGCAACCCACCAAGCACUUACAGUGCCCGUGUGGGCCAACUGCUUGCUUACGCGGCACUACGGGCUCGUGAUACAAAGGUGUUCAUGCAGCUUCUCAAGACGAUGAAGAAACCUGUUGACGGGUAUAUACUAGGUGCAUAUGACUAUCUGAUGAGGGGCACAAUACCUGCUCCUUUGAACAGCAGCAGUAACACCGUCGGUGGCAAUGCUAACAAUAAUAGCGUCAACAGUGGUAAUAACAAUUCGGCCGGCUCCAAUCAGGGGCGAGCGGCGGCAAAAAAGGCCGGUACUGGAAGCAACGGCAACAAUAGCAGCAACAACAAUAACAAUGACAAGAAGGAAGACAUCGCAGAUGAACUAAAGAGUGACAUGGUGGACCUCAUGAACGCUGCGCUCAGCUCCGGUGGGCAGCUGGUCGACAGGGAAGAUCAGCAUACCUUACAGGCAGUUUUCAUACAGUCGCUUCGAAGCUACCCGAAAAGCAAUAAGAAACGGCAGGAGAUGCUGGAAUCGGCCGUUGCUAUGUUUGGCUCUAAACCAGGACCCAGAAGCACAACGGCUGCGGUGACUGCAGUGGAGCAAACGCCGCCAAACAAUAUAAGUGGUAAUUCCAACAGUCCCCCAACAACAGCAGCCGUCGUGACUAAUGCCACCAAUAACAAUAAUAAUAACAAUAACAAUUCUGCUGCCUCAAGGGCAGGCUCAGUUGCCGCCGCGACAGGGGGUGCUGUACCCGGGGCCAGGACGGUGGCACGAGUGGUGGAGGCGGCACAGGAUGAAAAUGUCAGCGUCCCGCAGCGGUCCGGCAGUUUCAGCAAUACCAACAAUAGCAGUGGCAAUAGUGGAAAUGCUAGUUACGUCAAUGUGUGCAGUGCCGGCGCUGGUGCCACUACUGCCGCUGCCGUCGUGGCCGCUGCUGUGGCUGCCGCGGGAGCUCCGUCCCGCCGACCUCAGGGCACCACCGGAUCCACAACUCCCGUCACCCCGGUCUCCACGCGUUCGAAGGAGCCAUGCGUCCCUACGACAACCAUCGCCCCCACCACUACAGUCCAACCCACCCGGCAGCAGCAACAACAGCAACAACAACAACGGCCCCCGCCACCCAUUGUCGGUAUUAGUCAGUUGGUUCAGCAGCCGAGGCAACCUGCGGCCUGCCGUUACGAGCCAAUCCGCACAGAUUUGCCGCUACCGAAUAUCACUUUGUUUGGCGGUCUCUUCGGCCUUACGACCCAGUCCGCUGCAUGGGCGCCGCUUGGUGCCGCAACGUCACGCAAAACCUCACCACCGUCCCUCCCGGGUGUUGUGGUGGGUAGCGGGGCCGCGACCCCGGGUUUGGCCGCAGAUAUGGAUGAGAAGGCAUUUCGCUUUCUUUCCCCCACAACCUCCGGGGUGAACUUCUUCGGUGGCAUCGAUUCGCUGCCGCCAGAGCAUCAAUUACUCAAGGGAAUCUGCGAUGACUGA